UGUAGAUCUUAAGAGAGUUUGCUGCAAGUUUAUUAAAUUAUUUAUUUUAAUGUAGAUAGGAAGUAGACUAAAAUUUGUCAAACUGAGUGAACAAAAUCGUUUAUUUAAGUUUUUAAAGAGAUUUUUUAAAAAUCGUAAAAUGCUGAAAGCUCCUAGUUUACUGCUCAGGAACCCCGUUUUAGGGGUUAGAACCUAUGCAUCAUCCAAAAAAAUCAUAGCAAUCCGCAGAGAAGACCAAAGCGUAUGGGAACGUAGAGCCCCUUUCUCCCCAACCCACGUACGAAAACUCACAAAAAGAGGCAUUAAAGUAAUCGUCCAACCCAGCAACAGACGAGCGUACCCCAUGCAAGCCUACCUUCACGCUGGCGCAGUCGUACAGGAAGACAUAUCCGAAGCUAGCAUCAUCUAUGGAGUCAAGCAAGUCCCCAUAGAUCAGCUAAUUCCUGAUAAAACGUAUUGUUUUUUUUCGCACACUAUUAAGGCGCAGGAGUCUAAUAUGCCUUUAUUGGAUGCCAUAUUGGAGAAAAGGAUUAGACUUAUCGAUUAUGAGAAGUUAAUGGAUGAUAAGGGACAACGUGUUGUAGCUUUUGGUAAAAUGGCUGGUAUAGCUGGUACAGUGAAUAUUCUGCAUGGUAUGGGACUGAGACUUCUGGCUUUAGGACAUCAUACACCUUUUAUGCACAUAGGCCCUGCACACAACUAUAGAAACUCCUCCAUGGCAAGACAAGCUGUCAGAGAUGCAGGUUACGAAAUAUCACUAGGUUUAAUGCCUAAAUCGAUUGGUCCACUAACCUUCGUAUUCACUGGGUCUGGAAAUGUUUCUCAAGGUUCCCAGGAGGUUUUCCAAGAACUACCACAUGAGUAUGUAACCCCAGACACCCUAAAGAAAGCUGCUGAACACGGUAGCCUAAACAAAGUAUAUGCCUGUGAAGUAAGACGUAAAGACUACCUUGAAAGAGCUGAAGGAGGUGGUUUCGAUCCAGUCGAAUAUGAAGAACACCCAGAACGCUACGUCUCUAACUUCAACACAAAAAUAGCUCCCUACGCUUCUGUCUUAGUAAACGGCAUAUACUGGGCUGUAAACAGCCCCAAACUUUUAACAAUUCCGGACGCAAAACAUUUGUUGAGACCUGCACAUACACCAUGGCUACCAACCUCUGUAGGAGCACCAGCGUUGCCACAUAGAAUGUUGGCAAUAUGUGAUAUAUCUGCUGAUCCCGGAGGUUCCAUAGAGUUUAUGAAUGAGUGUACAACUAUCGACACUCCGUUCUGUCUAUAUGAUGCAGAUAGAAAUAAAGACACCAAAUCGUUUAGUGGUCCAGGUGUUUUAGUUUGCAGUAUUGAUAAUAUGCCAACUCAGAUUCCCAGAGAAAGUACUGACUUUUUCGGUGAUUUAUUGUUACCGUACAGCUUCGAUAUCUUGAAGUCUGAUGCUACAAAACCUUUGGAGGAACAUGACUUUGGACCUAGUGUAUCCGGUGCCAUUAUUGCUAGUAAUGGACAGCUUACAAGUAACUUUGAGUACAUACAAGAGUUGAGGAGAAGUCAAUUGAAAAGUAGACAUAAGUCUGGCGGCGAUUCCUUGAAAGCCGAGAAAAAUGUCGUUAUUUUGGGAGCUGGUCGUGUAGCUGCACCUUUAGUAGAGUACCUACACAGAGAUGAAAACAUUGGCAUCACUGUAGCAUGCGAGCAAAUGGAACUAGGUGACCAAUUGGCUCGCGAUUUUCCUGGGGUGGAAAGCGCGUAUCUAAACGCUUCAGAGAACCAAUCUUCCUUGCAAGAUUUGGUUAAGAAAGCUGAUGUCGUUGUUUCUAUAUUACCAGCCAACUUACAUCCUAUAGUUGCUAAAGCUUGUAUCAAAGAAGGCAAACACAUGGUUACAGCUAGCUACAUGAGCAACGAGGUGAAGUCUUUAAGUAAAGAAGCAUUAGAUGCUGGUAUAACAAUUUUAAAUGAAGUCGGACUUGAUCCCGGUAUCGAUCAUCUACUAGCUUUGGAAUGCAUACAAGAAGCUAGAGCUCUAGGUGGUAGAAUAACCUCUUUUGAAUCGUUCUGCGGUGGUCUUCCUGCCCCUGAAUUCAGCGAUAACCCAUUACGUUACAAAUUCACUUGGUCGCCACGUGGGGUUCUAUCAAACACAGUAUCAUCAGCCAGAUACUUGCGUAAAGGCCAAAUAGUGAACAUCAAGGAAGGCGGGGAUUUAAUGGCCGCGACCAAGAGGCUGGAUUUCCUUCCAGGUUUCAACCUAGAAGGUUUUCCAAACAGAGACAGUACAGUAUACGCGAAACACUAUGGUAUUGAGGAUGCCUCCACUCUUUUAAGAGGUACCAUCAGAUACGAUGGUUUUGCUCAAGCCGCUAGAAACUUGCAGUAUUUAGGGUUGCUUGAUUCGCAACCCCACCCAAGCUUGCAUCAACAAGGCCCCGAGAUUACGUGGAGGCAGUUUGUGUGCAACUUGUUGUCCGUUGAAGAUGUAAAUAUUUUGGAUGACAAUCUUAAGGUGAAAAUAAUUGAGAGAACCGGCAACGAGGCAGCAGUUGAUGUUCUUGAAGAACUAGGCCUUCUAGACGAAAAUAAUGUUAUUAAAUGUGGAACUCCUUUGGAUACUUUGACGCAAUAUUUGGCUACAAAGUUGGAAUUGGAGAAAAGCGAAAGGGAUAUUAUAAUUUUAAGGCACGAAAUUGGAAUUAACUGGCCGGAUAAUAGAAAAGAAACAAGAGGAGUUAAUUUAGUUGUGUACGGGGAUGUUAAUGGUUAUUCGGCGAUGGCCAAAACAGUUGGAUAUCCAACUGCCAUAGCCACGAAGAUGGUUUUGGAUGGUGAAAUUCAAGAAAGAGGAUGCGUGUUGCCAUUUGCACAAGAAAUCUACAGACCCAUUUUACAGAGGUUAAGAGCUGAGGGGUUAUAUAGCACUGAAACGUCUAAAUUUUCGUAAAUAAAUAUUUAUUUGUAA